AUGGCGUCCGUAAUGAUGUCUGAUGCUCCAACGCCCGACUUUGGUAACUCUUCAAGAGCUGGAACACCUAGGGCACGUGGACCUAGGGGUUCUUCAGUAUCCGGUAGACCUCGAGGUCCUCCAUCCGAAAGCGCUGGUGCUAAGAGUGAUGAUGAAGGGUUUGCAGAUGAUGCUGUUCCACAAAAUACCAAUCGUCCGAGGAAGAGUGAUAGACCAAUUCCAAGAGUGGAGGAUGCGAUUGGACAAUACGUUCAGCUUACCUUUGAGGAAUUCCUGGAGUCAUUUAUCGAAGAUCCAAUAAUGUCUGGCGCACCUCCUUCGUCUGCGAUGACCACGGAUAAAUACUAUAUUGCCCAAAUUCAUGGACUGAGGACAUAUCAACUGUCUACCCUCUAUGUCGACUACACACAUCUCUCCUCAUACAAAGGUGGCGCAUUGGCAGAGGGUAUUGUUCAAGAAUACUAUAGAUUCCUACCAUUCCUUACGAAAGCUUUACAUAACAUGAUCGCCAAACACGAACCAAGAUACUUCAGAGAUCAUCGUCAACCUACCGCAUCAAGCAAUCAAACUUCAUCUGGAGCGAGUAAUGCUGCAUCUGCAAGUCAAUCCGACUUUCAAGGAGACAAAACCACAAAUCAACAGACGGACAAAUUAUUUGCGCUAGCUUUCUAUAAUUUACCUCUGGUUACUCGAGUUCGACAUUUGAGAACUGCGAACAUUGGACAACUUCUUUCGAUUUCUGGUACUGUCACAAGAACUUCGGAAGUUCGACCUGAACUUUCCCUGGCCACUUUCACAUGCGAAAACUGUAAGAACAUUGUACCAAAUGUCGAACAAACUUUCAGAUAUACCGAACCUACACAAUGCCCCAAUUUAGAGUGUAACAAUCGUCAAGCAUGGAGAUUAGACAUCCGACAGAGUACAUUUGUGGAUUGGCAGAAAGUCCGUGUGCAGGAGAAUAGUUCAGAAAUACCUACGGGAAGUAUGCCAAGAACCAUGGAUGUUAUUCUUCGUGGAGAGAUCGUCGAUCGCGCCAAAGCUGGAGAGAAGUGUAUCUUUACAGGAGCUCUCAUUGUUGUUCCUGAUGUCAGUCAACUUGGUUUACCUGGGGUUCGACCAAUGGCCAUUAGAGAUACACAGAAUAGAAGUGGGGACGCAAGUGGUGUUACUGGAUUGAAAGCCCUCGGUGUCAGAGAUCUUACCUACAGACUUGCUUUCUUGUCAUGUAUGGUGACACCUGAUACAUCUACACAAGGAGCAGCAGCAAACCAACAACUCAACGGGCAAUCCAAUAACAUUCUCGCAUCACUCAAUCAAACUGCCCCUAUCGAUCCCAACGAACCUGGAGAUCACGCUCAAGAAGCUGUUCUCGCAUCCAUGACAGAUGCUGAAAUUGAAGAUCUCAAAAAUAUGGUCCAUUCCGAUCAUAUUUACUCACGUCUCGUCAAUUCUCUCGCCCCUAUGGUCUACGGUCACGAGAUUGUCAAAAAAGGUCUUCUUCUUCAACUCAUGUCCGGUGUUUCCAAAGUUACCCCGGAAGGAAUGCAACUUAGGGGUGAUAUCAACAUCUGCAUAGUUGGUGACCCUUCAACCUCGAAGUCUCAAUUUCUCAAAUAUAUCUGUUCUUUCCUUCCCCGAGCCGUUUACACAUCUGGAAAGGCUUCCUCGGCUGCAGGUCUGACAGCUGCUGUUGUGAAAGAUGAGGAAACUGGAGAAUUUACCAUCGAAGCUGGAGCGCUCAUGUUAGCAGAUAAUGGCAUUUGUGCCAUCGAUGAGUUCGAUAAGAUGGAUAUCGGUGAUCAAGUCGCCAUUCACGAAGCUAUGGAACAACAAACCAUCUCUAUCGCCAAAGCAGGUAUCCAAGCUACUCUCAAUGCUCGAACGUCGAUUCUCGCGGCUGCCAAUCCAGUAGGUGGAAGAUAUAACAGGAAAACGACAUUGAGAGCCAACAUUAACAUGAGUGCUCCUAUUAUGUCGCGUUUCGAUCUGUUUUUUGUUAUUUUGGAUGAGUGCAACGAGACAGUGGAUCGCCAUCUAGCAGAGCAUAUUGUAGCGAUUCAUCAACUUCGCGACGAAGCAGUACAACCUGAAUUCACGACCGAACAACUUCAGCGUUACAUCCGUUUUGCCAAGACCUUCAAGCCAGAGUUUACGGAUGAGGCUAAAGAAUUGCUGGUUCAAAAAUACAAGGAAUUAAGAAUUGAUGAUGCACAGGGAGGUGUUGGUAAAAACAGUUAUCGGAUUACUGUCAGACAAUUGGAGAGUAUGAUUCGAUUAAGUGAGGCUAUUGCGAAGGCGAAUUGUGUUGACGAGAUCACUGAGCCUAUGGUGGUUGAAGCUUUCAAUCUUUUGAGGCAGAGUAUUAUCAGUGUGGAGAAGGAUGAUGUUGAGGUUGAUGACGACGAAGAAGAAAUUCCUGCCCCAGCCGCGGAUGAUGAUGCAGACGACGCCAUGGAUGAAGAUACUCAGGAGACCAACGGUAAUGUACCGCAAGUCGAAGGGGAUGGAAGACAGAAGACAAAGAUCACAUAUGAAAAGUACAUUGGAGUCGUGAACCUAUUGGUUCGAAGAAUAAAUGAAGAUGAGUUGGGAAGUGGUGAGGGAGUUGAGGGAGAGAAGUUGGUAGAGUGGUAUUUGGAACAAGUCGAGGAUGACCUGGCUGAUGAAGAGGCCUAUCAUGAAGAAAUGAAAUUGUGCAAGAAGAUUAUCAAGAGGAUGCUCAAGGAAAAUAUUUUAAUGGCAAUUCGUGGUCAAGGAUUAGUUGACGCAGAUAGCGCGAAUGGAGAAGGUAGUUCGAGGCCAGAAGAACCGGCUGUUUAUGUAUUGCAUCCUAACUGUGCGGUGGAAGAAUUUUAA